AUGGCUGCUGCGGCCGAUGCGGGCGCUGCGAAGAGCGCUCCAGCGAGCCGUGGCUCGGGGCCGUUCAACCACGGCCCCGGACUGAAGGUUGCCACGUCCUCCGCGCCCGUGCAUGCGCCGGCGAACUACCGGACGCUGCCCGACGCCUUCAAGAACAUUACCGAUGAUGGCGACCUGACUGAAGGGUACGGGUCUGGACGUCCCUCUGGGCUCAAGUGCGAGGCCUGUGGAUUCGGUGGCAGCGAUCUGGAGCCCGACAAGCGGAAUCGGCUGAUCUACUUCUACGACAUGACGCAGAGAAAUGGGAACUACUCCACGCGGUCCGAGAUCGAGUGCCGAGAGUGCGGAUGCUUCUCAACGAUCGAGACCUGGGAGGAGGGCUGA